GGAGCCGGAGCAGAAACGGGGCAUGGUUUCAUCCAGCGCACAUCAGAACCAGCAGAGCGAAGACCAGGCACCAGGCAGCGGCAUCUAAGGAUCCAGAGGGGCUCGCUCUCUCUCCUCCCUGUACCCCCGUCCAAAAACACCUCAACACCAGUUCGCCGCCCAGCCAGCGCUCUGCAUGGACCUCUAGGCUUGGCCGCAGGACGGGCUCUCCUCACACUUUGAUCCUCACUGCAAGGCUUCGCUCCCACCCCCUACCCUCACCUCACCCCCUCCCUCCCCGCCCCCUUGCCCACCACCAACACCCACCCCUCCUCCUCUCGACUUGCUGCUUCGAACAGUAAAAAGUGACCCGUUCUCGCUGGUCGUGGGAGCCGGGCAGCCAUGGAUUUUCGAAGCUCCCCUUCUCGAAGGAAAAGAAAAAGCUGGAUGUGGGACACAAGUUUAUCUGUUUUAACUUUGACAUUAGUCCUGUGGCAAUCGACGGGGAUCGGGGCAGCCGACCCCAUAGAUGUUUUAAAAGUGUUGCAGUUUAACAAGCUACCUGAAGGAGUAAAGAAAACCACAGGCUUCUGUACCAAAAGACGAUCUGCAUCCAGUCCAGAUGUGGCGUACCGGAUAUCCAAAAAGGCUCAGAUCAGUGCACCCACAAAACAACUGCUCUCAGGCUCUCGGUUCCCCGAGGACUUCUCCAUCAUGGCGCUGGUGAAAGCGAAGGCGGGCUCGCAGGCCUUCCUGCUGUCCAUCUACAGUGAGCAUGGCCUACAGCAGGUGGGCGUGGAGCUCGGCCGCUCCCCUGUCUUCCUGUACGAGGACCAGAACGGCAAGCCGGCCCCCGAGGAUUACCCCAUCUUCGCGGGCAUCAACCUGUCCGACGGCAAGUGGCACCGGCUGGCCAUCAGUGUACAGAAGAAGAAGGUCACCAUGAUCGUUGACUGUAAGAAGACCGUGGUCAAGUCUCUACCCCGCAGCAACAAGCCCAUCAUUGAUACCAAAGGCAUUGUGGUGUUUGGAACCAGGAUCCUAGAUGAGGAGGUGUUUGAGGGUGACAUCCAGCAGCUGUUGAUCUCCUCAGAUCCCCAGGCUGCCUUCGACUAUUGCCAGCACUACAGCCCGGACUGUGACACUCCCAUCCCCGACUACCCCCAGAGUCAGGACCCCGGCUUGAAGGAGUAUUACUAUGAUGAAGAUUACGAGUACUAUGAAUAUUACGAGGAGUUUCAGACCCAGGCUCCACAGGCUGUGGGGCUGAGCGAGACGGCUGUUCCGGGGCAGGACCUGACUGACCCAGCUCUCUACGAAGAGGAGGUUGUGUAUGAGACUUACACGGAGGGGCAGGAGGCUACUGAGUCUACUGUGGCCACCGUCACAAGUGAGGUUCCUCAGGUCAUCGAGACUGAGGUGACGCAGCAAGAGGAGGAAGAGGUCUCCGUUCACCCAACCGUAGGAGAUCUGGAGAUGUCCAAGGAGUAUUUUACAGGAGAAGAUGUAAACCCAGGUGACCCUGGUUAUGACUAUGACUACAUUUACCAGGAAUAUUAUGAGGAGCCCACACCGGAGAUUGGCCCAGGACUUCCCGUGGAGACAGAGGUCCACAUGGAAGGAGUGGCCCUGGCUGGUCUGAAGGGAGAGAAGGGGGAGCCGGCAGUGAUCGAGCCUGGGAUGCUGGUUGAAGGUCCUCCUGGUCCAGAAGGCCCACCGGGUCCGCCUGGUCCUCAAGGCCCACCGGGACCCCCUGGACCUACUGGAGAUCCUGGAGAGAGGGGCAGGAAAGGACGUCCUGGUCUUCCUGGGGCUGACGGGCUGCCCGGACCCCCCGGGACAGCACUCAUGCUGCCGUUCAGGUUCGGUGCGAGUGGGGGGUCCAAGGGUCCGGUGGUCUCUGCACAAGAGGCUCAGGCACAAGCUAUCCUUCAACAAGCCCGGUUGGCUUUACGUGGGCCAUCAGGACCGAUGGGCUUCACAGGAAGACCUGGACCCAUGGGGAGUCCUGGAGCAAUGGGCGUGAAGGGAGAGCAAGGGGAUUUUGGUCCUCAGGGUCCUCGAGGUGCCCAAGGACCACCGGGUCCCCCAGGGAGGGCAGGCCGGAGGGGUCGAGCUGGAGCUGAUGGAGCGAGGGGGAUGCCCGGUGAGAUUGGGAUCAAGGGCGACCGAGGCUUCGAUGGGCUCCCGGGUCUGCCAGGAGAGAAGGGGAACCGGGGAGAGCCAGGUUCACAAGGACCAAUUGGGCUUCCUGGGGAGGAUGGAGAGAGGGGUGAUGAUGGAGAAGUUGGACCCAGAGGGUUGCCAGGGGAACCGGGAGCAAGAGGACUCCUCGGACCUAAAGGACCUUCUGGGCUACAGGGACCUCCUGGUGUUCGUGGAAUGGAUGGCCCACAUGGUCCCAAAGGAAAUAUAGGGCCACAGGGAGAACCAGGACCACCUGGUCAACAGGGCAUUCAUGGAGCACAGGGUAUACCUGGUCCUCAGGGAGCCAUGGGACCUCCAGGUCAGAAGGGUCCAACUGGGAAGCCUGGUCUGCCCGGAAUCCCUGGUGCUGAUGGUCCUCCAGGUCAUCCAGGUAAAGAAGGUCCAUCGGGUUCCAAAGGCAACCAGGGUCAGCCAGGUCCUCAAGGUCCAAUUGGUUAUCCUGGCCCUCGUGGUGUGAAGGGAUCAGAAGGAAUCCGAGGGCUGCUGGGACACAAAGGAGAAAAGGGUGAAGAUGGCUUCCCAGGCUUCAAGGGAGACAUGGGCCUCAAGGGUGAACGAGGCGAGAUUGGGCCAAGUGGUCCUCGAGGGGAGGAUGGACCAGAAGGGCCCAAAGGUCGAGUGGGACCUGCAGGUGACCCCGGUCCAUUAGGUCCGACAGGUGAGAAGGGUAAGCUAGGAGUACCUGGUCUUCCCGGAUACCCAGGGCGUCAGGGUCCCAAGGGCUCCCUUGGUUUCCCUGGAUUCCCAGGUACCAAUGGCGAGAAAGGUGCUCGGGGUUUGCCAGGCAAGAUGGGUCAAAGAGGACAACGUGGACCCACGGGACCACGUGGUCAACGAGGGCCAAGAGGAGCAACUGGCAAGCCAGGUGCUAAGGGAACCUCAGGGACUGAUGGACCUCCAGGUCCUUCAGGAGAAAGGGGACUUCCUGGACCUCAAGGACCCACUGGAUUCCCAGGACCAAAAGGACCUCCUGGACCUCCAGGAAAGGACGGAGUGCCUGGACACCCUGGGCAGAGAGGAGAAGUGGGUUUCCAAGGCAAGACUGGCCCACCUGGACCUCCUGGUGUGGUUGGACCUCAGGGCUCCAGUGGUGAAUCAGGACAAAUGGGUGAGAGGGGACAUCCAGGUCCUCCUGGGCCCCCUGGGGAACAAGGACUAUCUGGACCAUCUGGGAAAGAAGGCACGAAGGGUGACCCUGGCCCUCCUGGUGGCCCAGGCAAAAUCGGACCUCCUGGUCUGAGGGGCUUCCCUGGUGAGAUUGGAUUGCCUGGAACUCCGGGCGGAGGUGGACUGAAGGGCAGUCAGGGGCCACCAGGACCACCCGGUCCAGCUGGCUCACCAGGUGUUCGAGGGAAGCCAGGACCAGGUGGUCCCAUUGGUCUUCCAGGACGUCCAGGUCCUCAGGGACCACCCGGGCCUGCCGGAGAGAAAGGAGUGCCGGGUGAGAAAGGACCAAUUGGACCAGCUGGUCGAGAUGGCAUCCAGGGCCCUGUAGGUCUCCCAGGACCUGCAGGGACUCCAGGAGGUCCCGGUGAAGAUGGUGACAAGGGUGAAGUUGGUGAACAUGGACAUAAGGGAAGGAAGGGCGAUAAAGGUGAACAUGGUCCACCAGGUCCCCCUGGUCCAAUUGGUCCUGUUGGGCAGCCAGGUCCUGCCGGCGCAGAUGGUGAGCCUGGACCACGAGGUCAGCAAGGUCACUUUGGACAGAAGGGCGAUGAAGGGCCACGAGGUUUCCCGGGUUCACCAGGUCCAAUUGGUCUGCAGGGAAUGCCCGGGCCUUCAGGGGAGAAGGGUGAAACUGGUGACGUUGGUCCCAUGGGUCCGCCAGGCCCCCCAGGUCCAAGAGGUCCAGCUGGUCCAUCUGGAGCAGAUGGUCCCCAAGGUCCUCCUGGUGGUAUCGGAAACCCAGGGGCUCUCGGUGAGAAGGGUGAAUCUGGAGAAUCUGGUGCUCCAGGAAUCCAGGGUGUUCCCGGCCGCAAGGGUCCUAAAGGUGAAAGAGGAGAACAAGGAGAGACUGGACAGCCGGGCGCUGCUGGGCCACCAGGUACCAGAGGACCCACUGGUGAUGAUGGGCCCAAAGGCAAUCCUGGCCCCGUUGGUUUCCCUGGAGAUCCUGGUCCUCCUGGUGAAGUUGGCCCACGCGGUCAUGAUGGUGCUAAAGGUGAAAGGGGAGAAACUGGCGAGCAAGGGGAACCAGGGUCUCCAGGUCCAACCGGAGAAGUGGGUCCACCAGGUCCUCCUGGGAAGAGGGGUCCAGCCGGAGCUCGUGGUCCCGAGGGUCGAGAGGGAGAGAAAGGCAAAAAGGGUGAACCUGGUGCAGUAGGACCUCAUGGGAAGACCGGACCUGUUGGCCCGCAGGGUGCAGCAGGAAAGCAAGGUCCUGAGGGUCUCCGUGGUAUUCCUGGUGCUCAGGGUGAACAAGGAACCCCUGGAGUCCCGGGACAAGUCGGCCCUCCUGGCCCAAUGGGUCCUCCUGGUUUGCCGGGCUUGAAGGGAGAUGGUGGUGUCAAGGGAGAGAAGGGUCACCCUGGUCUCAUUGGAUUGAUCGGACCUCCGGGCGAACAAGGGGAGAAGGGAGAUCGAGGAUCCCCUGGUCCACAGGGAUCAGUUGGUCCUAAAGGAGACGACGGUAUUUCUGGUGCCACUGGCCCUAUAGGUCCUGCAGGCCCCGCUGGUUUACCGGGUCCUCCUGGUCCUAAGGGUUCGAAAGGUUCUAUGGGUGUGGCUGGACCGAAAGGGCAGCGAGGUGUUCCUGGUCCUCCUGGUGUUCCUGGUCCUCCAGGGGAAGUCAUCCAGCCACUCCCCAUCCAAAGGCGAAAGAAGAGCAAGCGAUCUGUGUCCAUAGAUGGAAGCCAGAUUCUGCCGGAUGAGCAGAUGAUGGAUGAUGAGAUACUCGAUUACGCUGAUGGAAUGGAGGAGAUCUUUGGGUCGCUGAACUCACUGAAGGUGGAAAUUGAGCAGAUGAAGCACCCGAUCGGCACUAAGGAGCACCCAGCCCGCACCUGUAGGGACCUGCAAAUCUGUCACGAGGACUACAAGGACGGUGAAUAUUGGAUUGACCCCAACCAGGGUUGCGCGGCUGACUCCUUCAAGGUUUACUGUAACUUCACUGCGGGAGGAGAGACCUGCAUCUUCCCGGAUAAGAAAUCCUCAGGAGUGAAGAUGUCCUCGUGGAAUAAUGAAUACCCGGGGGCCUGGUUCAGUGAGUUUAAACAAGGAGCACAGUUAUCCUAUGUAGACUCAGACAACAACCCAAUUGGUGUGGUGCAGAUGACCUUCCUGCGAUUACUGAGUGUGGCAGCACGCCAGAACUUCACCUACCACUGUCACCGCUCCGUCGCCUGGUACCACAGAGCAACCGACAGCUAUGACAAGGCAAUGAGGUUCCUGGGGGCCAAUGAUGAGGAGAUGUCCUUUGACAACAACCCAUACAUCAAGGCCAUCAUGGAUGGCUGUGCGCUGAGGAAGGGCAGUGACAAAACAGUCCUGGAGAUCAACACCCCGCAGGUGGAACAGAUGCCUUUUGUGGACGUGCUCUUCACCGAUUUCACUGAACCUCACCAGAAGUUCGGAUUUGAAGUGGGACCUGUUUGCUUCCAGGGCUAAAACUUGCCCAGCUCCCACCAUGACUAGUGUCACUACCACCCUUGCUGACCCCUUCACCCCUGAGAAGGAAUUCCUCGGCAUGCAGCUUACAUGCUCACCUGACAGAAGAUGUGAAGCACAAUUACUUACAUGAAGGAAAACACAAUAUGGGGGGAAAAAAGAUCUCUUGUAUCAUCUACCGUGUUCUCCCCUCCUCCUCCAGCUCCAUUAAGAUCAACUUCCCUCUGGAGGUAGUGGCCUGGUUUGAUGUGGGUGUGAUUAUUUUAUUAAGGAAAGUGGCCAGAAGAUAAAAUUUUCUGUUUUUUUAAUUAAAAAAAAGUUCUCCAUAGAUUGUAAUAUAAAACCACAGCAAAAAGAGAGAGAGACGAUAUUAUUUAAUUCAUUCACCUGCCGUAAAUUUGAACCAAAUAGCAAAUAAAAGAUGAAUUAAGUCUGUGAAGCUUUACUAGUAAAUAUGGUGCUCCAAAAUUGUAUUUACUCUCCUUUUUUUAAAAACGAAAAGGUGCUCAGAGUGUUAUAUGUUUGUAAGUAUUUUUUAUUUCUAAUGUAAAAUAUAUCUAUAAAUUGCUGCUUGUUGUGUUAAUUUUUCUGUAUAGGAAGGUGGCUGAUAUGUUUUCAUCUCUUGCUUCUCUCUUUACUCUGCUUUACCCCUUCCAUUUAUACACACACUCACUGCUGCAUGCUCUCCCUCCAUUCUGAGGUCACCUUCUCUCUCUCUCUUUCUCUCUGUCUGUCUCUCUCUCUCUCCCUCUCUCUCUCUCUCUCCCUCCAUUCACCCCCCCCCCCAACCUCACCCAUCUCUACUUCCCACCAUAGCAUUUUACGCUCCUCGACACAAUAUCCAGUUACAGAUUCCAGACGCCAGCUUUGCACUGCCACUUUGUGCGGUUUCACUUUAUCCUCACAUGUAAUUUUUGUUCUCCCCAAGGUUAACUGUAGUCAUUGUGUGGUAGGGCACUUGUUGUUCUGUACUGUUCCUGUCUGCGUGGACUGAAUCUUUUAAUAGAUUGAAAAAGAAAAUCACCAAUAUUGUACUGCCUGUCACUUUCUUUGUUGGUUUUGAAAAGAAAAAUAUUAACAUUUGAUUUAAAAAAAAACUGCAAAUGAUGGAAAUUAAAUUAAAAACUGAAAAAGCUGGAAACACGUCAGGCAGCAUCUGUGGAGACUGAGACAGAGAAUGUCAAAUACUGUUAUGAUGCAGGUUACAAUUCUGAAACAUUAACCUCUUUUCUCUUUCCAUAGAUGGUGCCUGGCAAAGUUUUUGUUCCUCAACAUUUUCUGAUUUCAUCGGCUCAGAAUGCUGAUUUUGACCCCUGUACAUUUUGGGAUUUUAAUUAUCUUUCCAGACCUGGCACGUAGAUAUAUUAAACAGAGGAUGCUGGAAAUACUCACCAUAUCAGGCAGCUCUGUGAAGAGUGAAACAGAUUCAAUGUUUCAUUAGGAAAGACCGAAACAUCGAAUCUGCUUGUCUCUCCACUGAUGCCACCCAACCUGCAGAGAUCAAACUUCGUUUUAUUUCAGAUUUCCAUCAUCUGCAGUGUUUUCCAUUCCCACUAAAGGUACCAGUUGUGAGCUCUGCAUCGGAAAUUCUUGGGUUCAAGUCCCAUUCCAGGCACUUGAAUGCAUGAUCACUUAUGGAACUGAGGAAGUGCUGUGCUGUGCUCUCAGAUAAGCCAAAUCCAUACAGGCAAUGUUACAGAUCCCCUUAAUAAAUGCCAAUAAGAAUCAGAUCAUGACAUUGUCAUUCAUUGGACCAUGUGCAAAUAAACUGUAUUGCCCCUUUUAACUGGACAACAGUGGCAACACUAUAGUCAUUAACUUGCAUUGGAUGGUCUAUG